GGUCACGUGGUCGAAACCGGACAAACAUCUGUGACUUGUCUUGUGUCCUUUGUCCUCUUCCUCCUCCUGACCUACCUGUCCGGUGAGUCCACACCUCCUCCUCUUCCUCCUCUUCCUCCUCUUCCUCCACUCAGGGAACAAUGUUCAACCUGCUCCCUCCUCUCAUUCCUCUGGAAACUACAAGGAAACGAGGAGGAGGAGGAGGAGGAGCAUGAAGCAUUUACCGGAUUCAGGUGAAACAGUGGAAUGUUUGUUUUCUACUGAGUGAGGAGAUAGACAGACAGGAGACAGACAGAGGGACAGGAGACAGACAGACAGGAGACAGGUGAGGAAGAAGAAGAAGAAGAAGAAGAAGAAGAAGAUGUUGUCCUUCCUGCGCUCAGUGAGAGAUCCCACACCCGAGAGCUUCCACAUCUCGUCCCUGCCGCCCAGUGUCCCCAGCUGCCAGGAGGACGUACGGACAGCAGCACCAGCUCCAGAUGUGGCGGCAGAGAGAGAGUGUGUGAGCGUGAUCCAGACGACACACACUCACCGAGGCGCCGCUCCCUCCGUCUUCUUCCAGAAACACAACCAUGAUCCUGUUGCCACCACGUACUUCGACCAGAAGGUCCCUGUCCCCGACGAGGACAGUGAGCAGACGAGCUUCAGUCUGCGGAAGCUGUGGGCCUUCACUGGGCCGGGCUUCCUGAUGAGCAUCGCCUACCUGGACCCAGGGAACAUCGAGUCCGACCUGCAGUCUGGAGCUAAAGCCGGAUUCAAGCUCCUCUGGGUGCUGCUGGGCGCCACCAUCAUCGGCCUGCUGCUGCAGCGGCUGGCGGCGCGACUGGGCGUGGUCACGGGGAUGCACCUGGCCGAGGUCUGCAACCGCCAGUACCACCGGGUGCCGCGUGUCAUCCUGUGGUUGAUGGUGGAGCUGGCCAUCAUCGGCUCGGACAUGCAGGAGGUCAUCGGCUGUGCCAUCGCCUUCAACCUCCUCUCCAGCGGCAGGAUUCCCCUGUGGGGCGGCGUCCUCAUCACCAUCGUCGACACCUUCGUCUUCCUCUUCUUGGACAAGUACGGUCUGAGGAAGCUGGAAGCCUUUUUUGGUUUACUCAUCACGGUCAUGGCCAUCACGUUUGGAUAUGAGUAUGUGACGGUGAGUCCGGACCAGGGUCAGCUGCUGAAGGGGAUGUUCGUGCCGUACUGCCAGGGCUGCGGACCCGUUCAGAUGACUCAGGCCGUCGGCAUCGUGGGAGCCGUCAUCAUGCCUCACAACAUCUACCUCCACUCUGCUCUGGUCAAGUCUCGAGAAGUGGAUCGAACCAACCGGAAGGAAGUCAAAGAGGCCAACAAAUACUUCUUCAUCGAGUCGACCAUCGCCCUCUUCAUCUCUUUCCUCAUUAAUGUCUUCGUGGUGGCUGUUUUCGCCGAGGCUUUCUACGGUCGCACCAACAUGGAGGUGCACAACGUCUGCAAUGAUUCAGGAAGUCCUCAUUCACAUCUGUUCCCUCUGGACAAUCAAACUCUGGAGGUGGACAUCUACAAAGGGGGAGUGGUGCUGGGCUGCUUCUUCGGCCCAGUGGCGCUCUACAUCUGGGCCGUGGGGAUCCUCGCAGCUGGUCAGAGCUCCACCAUGACUGGAACGUACUCUGGACAGUUUGUUAUGGAGGGUUUCUUGAACCUGCGCUGGUCGCGUUUCGCUCGGGUGCUGUUGACCCGCUCCAUCGCCAUCACCCCCACCCUGCUGGUGGCCAUCUUCCAGGACGUGCAUCGUCUCACGGGCAUGAACGACUUCCUGAACGUGCUGCAGAGCAUGCAGUUGCCUUUCGCCCUCAUUCCCAUCCUCACCUUCACCAGUCUUCCUUCUCUCAUGAACGAGUUUGCCAACGGACUGGUGUAUAAGAUCGGAGGGGGGGCGGUGAUCCUGCUCGUCUGCUCCAUCAACACCUACUUCGUUGUGGUUUACGUGACGACUCUGGACAGCGUGUGGCUCUAUGUGCUGGCGGCGCUGCUCUCUGUGGCAUACCUGACAUUUGUGGGAUAUUUGGUGUGGCUGUGCCUGAUCGCUCUGGGAGUUUCUUGGCUGGAUCCGACCACACGGAGAGGAAACGACACGACCAUCCUGAUCGAGCAGCAGCCGGAGUUUGAUUCCUGAAGCACGUGUGUGUGUGUGGACGCUCGUCACUAAGGUGCAGCUGUGAACCAGCUUUGACCACAUGUACUUUUCUUUCGUGCUGAUUUCUUAUUUCUGCAGCAGCAUUUGUUCAAUCGUUUUUGCAAAUUAACACUAAUUAACCUUUUCAUUUGUUUAUUUAAAGUGACCAUGAUCACAGAGUGUGGAGCACAAACAGAACAACACACAGCAUGGCCGAACAAACAUGAAUCAAACGAAGGAAGGACGUUCUUCAGAAAGUACCCAGUGCACAAAUAACUUCUACUUAAUACCACGUUAUCGCCAUAAUUUAUGUGACCUAGUUCUUUUCAAAUGGUUUUUUUUGCUGAAUGUUUGCUCGAUCUGAUUGGACGGACUGAGGCUCCUGUGCACAGUCCUCUAACUCAGAAACCUUACGAGUGUAGAACUUUUACCUCAAAACGUGUUUUGUGAGGAAACAGAAUUCAUUGUUUUUUAAAGCCCUGCAGAUACUGUGAGUGUGUAGUUUCUCUUUUGGUCACAGGGAGGCAGCGGAGGCCACAGCAGAGAUUCCUCAGCUCCAGUCUCAACCCCUGGAACUGCACAACACAUUAAAUACCAUGGUGUGUUACAUCAUGUGUUGUUGUAUUGUAGAAAUAUCUGCAGCGACAGGACUGGUCUGUGAUGUUCUAACUGUACGUGCAGCUGCUGCUCCACAUGCCUGUGGCCUUGGUAUGUCUGAGGAGUCGCAGCUAUUGUGCAACUGCAAAUGAGCUCUGCUGGUUCCAGUGCCGCUGGAAUUCCAGUCCUGAAGAGCCCCAGCCUCUGCGAGCUGAGGAGAAGCGGAUGGACGGGUUUUUUCUUUGCAUUGUGGCGUGGAACUUUUAUUUUUCUCUCCCUCCUCUCCCUGUCAUGGAGGCAGAGUUAUGUAAGAGCUGAGGGAGAGUCUUCCCACCGCCCCUCUCUGUUUUUGUUUUUCUCAAUGAGCCAAUGUCUCCCUGCCGAGGCCUCACAGCCUGUCCAGUAGGCCCCUUUCCUGGAAACACUGCCUAGGAGAGGCCACUCAGGGGCAGGCCUGCAAGGCGGGAGGAGGAGGAGGAGGAGGAGAAGGAGGUGGUGGGGGGGGGCUCUUCCAGCAAAUCACAUGACUGUAGACCCUCCAGUCCCGGCCCUACUUGAAGCUGAGAUGCACAUUUCAGCAGCUAGUUUGUCAUCAGCAGGACUGGAAGGGGCCAUAAUGCACGGCAGCGUGUAGAGGCUGUGAGCAGAAGCUGUGGAUUCCUGGUGUGAAAUGUAGAAGCAGAACCACAACGUCUGAUGGAUGGACUCAGUGUGUGUGUGUGUGUGUUAAUGUCAUUGUUAUUUUUAUGCAUUUUUAUUUCACAAUGUCAUUGCUGUGCAGUAUAACUUGAUGAACAGUGUUUUUAUUUGCUAGUUGUAUUAUUUUUCUGAAUGGAGGACGACGGUUUGGCUCCAGGGCCUCGAUAUCUUUACGACUGAUUCAUGACAAAAUGAGUUUUUCUAACACACUGAUGUGUUUGUAUCUUUGCUGUCGUGCUACAGCUGAUGACUUGUCACAGAUUAACAGAGUAACUCGUUGAUUUAUUCUUUGCAAAGAGACAUGUUGCUGUUUCCGGACUGUGGGACAGUUGAUUUAAUGAGACGUAUUAAUAAUCAUUAACUGUGUCAUCGUGCUGUAAACAAACAAUUCAACCUGAACAAACACAAUAAAGCAGAACAGAGAGUUUCACCUGAUUGUUUCACAAAUA